AUGGAGGAGCUCGCGGAGACCCGACCCUGGCGACAGUACCGACGAGGAGAGGAGGUGCUGCUUCCAGCGGCUGCCGUGACCUUGGGCGAGGUGGCGCUGGUGCCGACAGGCGAUGGCGGGAGCCUGCGCCUGCGGCGGCUGAGGCGCCAGGACGUGAUGAGGUGGGUCGGAGCGGAGGCUGCCGGAGACGCGCGGAUCCUGCACGUGAGCCUGAGCGAUGCUGGGCGGCAGAGGACUCAGUGGCGCGACGUGGUGAGCAAGUCGAGCGUCACGGAUUUCGCCGGUUGGCCCGUGGUCGGCCCCAGGACCACCGAGUGGUGCAUGAUGUUCUUGAACAGACGAGGAGGAGGACCAAUGGACCACCACAGGUACUUCACGAUGCUGCACGGCCUCGAGACUGGCGACUGGGGCGUGGAUACGCACCGCAUGCGCCUCAAGGCGGUGGAGGAGGCGAGGACUUACGACCACCUGGAGCUGUGCAACUUGGCGAGCUUCGAAGUCCUCUUCCGCCAAGCCCAAUUGGCGGAGUGCGUGCACGAGCAGGAGAGGGUCGCCAGGCAGACGCACCGCGACGCGGGCAGCGUCAUGCUGGCUCCGGAGCUGAUGGACUUCGCGUCACGAGAAGUCGAGAGGGACGCCAACAUCAUGAAGCAGAUGUCGAGCCAUGCAGUCCGCCGGCGGAGACUUCGGGCGCGUCAUCGAGAGGGUGGAGUGUCCGGGGCGAUCGCCACCCUCAACGAGCUGCACGGGGCCAGCGAGGACCUCGACAGCACCAGUUUGCGGCCGAGUUCGGCGCAGCUUUCUUGCUUGGCGCGCAUCGAGCAAGCCCGCCGUGAGCUCGGUUCGCCUCCAGCUGACUUGCAUGGACAGGGAGCCCUGGAGGAGCUCCUGUCGAAGCAGAGCUACGGCGGUGUCGCCGGAGCUGCUACCCCCCUCGAGGUGGAGCGGGUUGCCUUGCCCAGUCUCCAGCGUCGACCCGCGCGCAUCCAGGAUGUCGGGGGCUCGGCGGGCGCGGAGGCUCUCGAGGUUUUCAAGAGUUUGGUUCGGGCGCCCGAAGAUGGGGCGGCUGAGGAAGAGCGCCAGCAGUUGCGCCGUGCCUACAACGACCCGAUCGUUCGCCAGAAGCCGAAGGAGUACGCUAAGCUCCUUAGGAAGCUGCACGAGCGGGGCAUCAUCGAGCACAGGCGCAGCUGCAAGAAGAGCGUCGGGGCGCUGUACGUCUGCCAGGCGCUCCACGAGGCGGUAGCCGAGAGGGUCACCGGCGUGGGUGCGGACAACAGACUGGUGGACGGGCGGCCUGCCCCUGUGGUUACUCAGGGCUGCGUCCACACCGAGUACGUAGAUAACUUCGUGGCGCUCGGGACGGACAGAGAAGAGGGCCGCCGGCUGGCCACUGAGGUCGGCGCCGUUCUUGAGGCUGACGGGCCUGGCGUGCAUCCAGUCACUUGCAGUCGAGGCGGAGAUGCGCUUGGCUGGCACUUUGACGAGCUGCGGCCUGCAGUGGGGAUAGCUCCACGAACGGCCUGGCGGCUCAUUCUCGGCCUGCGCGAGAUCCUGCGCAGAGAGCUCAAUAUGACGUGGGGCCCCAAGGUGACGGUUUUCGACGCGAGCGAGUGGGGCUACGGGAUGAUGAGGGAGUCUGGGGACAAGAGCAAGGAUAACUUCGAGGGGUGCCUGCGGUGCCCAGGUCUGUCUGGGGAGGCUGCUGGAGGCGUGAUCUUGGAGGCUCGGGCUGGUGUUUGGGCGCUGCGUCACAUUCUGCGGGGCAGCAAAGCCGUGGGCUGUCGACAUCUCGUGCUCAGUGACGCUACGGGCCGUUGUGCUCGGGAUUACCAAAGGUCGGAGCUCGAGCAGUGGGCCGCCCUGUGCUUGGCCAGCUUCGCCGCGGUUCACGCGCGCUGGAUCUCCUCCGAGAGGAACGCGGCGGACGGAGCCUCGCGCGGCUCAGAGGAGCGUAGCGCCGCUGCCUGUCGGGAUGCUCAGCCGCGGCCCGAGCGCGCGGCGGCUUGGAGGCCUGGCGGCUGUCCCGACGGCGGCGGCUUCGAGCUCGUGGACCCCAUCACUGGCGGCUUCAUCCUAGGCGGUGGAGGCGACCCAUUUGUCCUCGGGCCGCCGCCUCGGCUCGAGCUUCCCAACGCGCAGCAGCGGGCGAGGCAGCGGCGGCGCCGGGCCAGCGCCAGCUCGCAGGCGAGCGCGAGCGCGGCAGCACACCAUCGCGCAGGCGCCAGCCGCGGGGUUGCCGCCGCCGGGCGGCGGCAGGCGCUGCUGGGGCAGGAGCUGACGCAGCUGGAGCGCGGCGUGCCGCUCGGGUCUCGCCCGCUGACCGUGCUGGAGGAAGAGGCGAAGGACUACCGCAAUCGGUUCAGCUGCUUCGUGCGUUGGGCCUCCAAGAAGGGGAUGAGCCUGAAGACUCCGGCGGACGCCGACGGCGCGCUGGUGGCGUGGCUGAACGAGCAGUUCUUCGAGGGCGAGCCGCUGGCGACGGGAACCAAGAUGCUGGCGGCGCUGUGCCAUCUGCUCCCGGGGCUGGCGGCCGCAGGAGCGACGUCCACGGCCUUCGUGCUGCUGCUGCUGCGGCCGGCGGAGACGCUGAGGCUGGCAGGCGGCUGCUUAGUGGCGCCAGACGAGCGCAUGGUGUUCGACAACCCCGAGUUCGAGCUGGUGGAGGCCGUGAGGUCCGCCACAAGGCUAUUGUUCCCCAGCCUCGUCGCCCCCACGCUGUACCAGCUGAGGCACGGCGGGGCUUUGCACGAGGCGCUGACCGAGUUCCGGAGCACCGAGGGCCUCAUGCGCCGAGGCAGGUGGCACAGCCUGCGAUCGGUCAAGUGGUACGAGAAAGGCGGGCGCGUGAACCAGGUGCUGAGGUCGCUGACGCCCAAGGAGCUGAACGCCGCGCUGGAGGCCGAGCGCACGCUUGUAGCGGGCAGAGAGGGCUUCGCGCUGGAGAUCUUCUCCGGGGGCGGGAGGUUCAGCCACUGCUGGAGGCAGCGGCCGCCGCGGGGCUUGCCGAUCUUCGAGAUUGACGUCAGCCACCACUGCUCCCGCGACCUCAGCAGCCGCUCCGCCCAACGGCGCAUCCUGGGCUGGAUCCGCUCGGGCUGUUGCCGCGCGGCAUGGCUCGGGGCGCCGUGCGCGACCUUCUCCCGGGACUUUCAGAGGCCGACCAAGUAA